AUGUCUAUACACGGUCCCUCGCUGCGCUCACGCCGUCUUGGCUACGCCGGCGGUAUUGUGACGCGUCCGAAGCUCGUGGAUCUGGCGCGCUCGCUGCUGGAGACCUUUCGUUUCAUCCACUUCGACUGCCAAAUGGUUCACACGGAUGUGAAACCGGAGAAUAUUCUGAUAGCGGACACUGACACGCCAAAGUACUCGCUUGGCAACAGCUGGGUGGUGUGUGACUUUGGUAGCGCUUCGCUGUGGCGCAUGGACCGCCUCGAUACGGACCUCAUCUCGACUCGUCCGUAUCGUGCGCCGGAGGUGGUGCUGGGCAACCCGUGGUUCUACGCCGCCGACAUGUGGAGCAUGGGAUGCAUCUUGUUUGAGAUCGUUACAGGCCAGCGGCUUUUUGAGGCUCGUGAUGAACUCUCACACCUGCAGCUCAUGGAUAAACGGCUGGGACCGCUCCCGGAACUCUUCACGAGGCGGUCAAAGGACUCUGCAAAGUAUUUCAAUUCACAAGGUGAGUUUCUUCAAGAGUCGGAGUUGAUACGCUCAGGAAAAGCAUUCACGAGGAAGCUGUCGGAUGUUCUGCAGGAUGACCCGGAUUUAUACGAUCUGAUCUCGUCGAUGCUCAUCUACGACCCUUUCAAACGCAUCACUGCGAAGGAGGCUCUGCUACGUCCUAUCUUCGACGCUGGUCGUGUACCAAACGACAAGACUGUUAGCGUCGUGCAUGCCUCACGGACCAACAGGGGACGGAACUCCGUCUCCGCGCGGCCGAAACAACCCAAUGGUGGUGAGCAACGGGCAAGCAACGGGAUACACACUAAAGAAGAAGUACAGGCUGCCGGAGACAAGAAGCCGUCAGAGCGUGGCAGGUCUGCCCCAGCAACGUGCAAUGGUAGGGGUACUGGUGCAGCUUUUCGCCAGAAUAAGCGCGGAUCGGUAUUGCUCAUCGCCCCGAUGCCACAACCGCCGGAGCAAGAACCAUGUGAACAACCACCGCAGCCACACGCGGAGACUCCGACACAGAGUGAGGCGGUGCGUCCACCGCAAGAGCUGUGUGUGGAGAAGACAGCGGCGUCACACUUGUCGUCCGUAAUAGGAACAGGAUCAGGCACAACAACACGCCGCCAAGAGGCCUCCAUGUCACCGCACAGGAGUGAGCGGCUCCGCAAAAUCCGUGGGCUUCCCACCCCGCACAGUAUGUACGCGGAGACACCGAAGGAAACACAGAGGGAGGCCGAGAAGGAAACACCCGACGUGGCAAAUGCCGAUAUGCCAGCGUUGGACAACACACUAUAUGCACAGAAGUCGCCAUCACCGGCGAUCGGCUUGUUGACAAUAAACCACUCUGAAAAGACGGCAUUCUCACCAAUUGGCGGUAGUGAAUAUCUGAGUCCAUGUCGUGAGCGGAACGGACCAUCGUUGGAAGUUUCUGUCAUUGACCCGGCUUCUCUCUCUCAGGAGAAGUCUGUAAAUGACGAGGGCGAGUCAGCGGGCACGGUCUAUGGCGAGACGGACGUCGGGUCACCAAUGGCGCCACAAGUACAGAAAACAAAUAGGGAGACGCUGGUGCUGCCAAAUGUGCAGGAAAAACUGGCACCAACCAGCGGUAAUGUAGUUGCACAACGGCCGUCUACGCUGUCUGUUCCAGUAUCGACUGUAGUGUCUGGUGCUGCUGCUCCCGAAAAGGGAGACCAGCCGCACUCCGCCGUGCCCUUCACGUUGGCGAGGCGGAGAGCGGAAAGCACACAACCCGGUGCCACUGCCACUUUGUUCUCACAGGGACAGAAGCCUUACGCACCCUGCCGCUCACCACCUCCACACACCUUCUUGCUCACCGCCACGGAGAACACAAAUCCAACAGAGGUUCCAGAGCCCAAUGGCCUCUCGAAGGAACGCAAAUUGCGAGCACGUAGCUGCCCUGCUGGUACACAAGUAGCCACAAUGUCACAUGUUGUUGUAGACGCAACGCGGCGUGAUACCCCUGUACGUAACGCACCGCACCCUCCAUUGUCAUUCGCUACGCGGAGAAACGUGCAACAAUUCCGAACAGGCUUUGGCGCAGCCUUCGCAGGCAAUCAAUGCUCAGGCGAUUCACAGCCGGUGGCUAAGGGUGCUGAGGUUCUUAAGGUGCGUAAGCGUAGUGGCACGCUCGUAGAAGGUGUGAAGGUCUCCAGCACUAAGAACGGUCGUACACAUCGUUCCAAUUCUCUAAAUAUACCGUUCUAUCAGAACGUCAUUCCCCAACCCAACGUGCGCAUUAUCGGCGGAUACACACCCUCGAACGCCCGCGUCGCAUGCCCAGCAACUCCUUUGGUGCAUACUGAGGACAUGCGUGCCCACCCAAACACCGUCUUGCCGGCGUGUACAGGCCACGUGAAUGGAGCCACAACAGCAAAAGCAACAGAUACGUCACUUCCGCAGCGGUCUUCAGCGGCCUCACGGCCUAUCUACCGACAGGUGGUUCGAAAAAGCGUCACAUCGACCAUUGCCCCUGGUGCGGUGGCGAGAGUUACGUACGCGCAGGGGCAGCAGGAAAAGAAUAGCUCCACACAAGGCGUGCGCAUGACGAGUAGUGCACCCAGUGUCAGAACUGGACCAGCGACGUGUACCAACAGCUAUCUACAAAACACACUCGGCAGCGCGACGUCUGCGGAGGAUGGGUUGCCGGAGGCACAGUGUCCACGCAUUGCGCGGCGUCUACCGGUAGUGCACGCGCCGGAGUAA